AUGACGAAGCGUACCCUUUCUAACCUGGAUGUCGCCAAAAAGCGAGUCCUGGUCAGGGUGGACUUCAAUAUUCCCAUAGAGCAGGGAGUGGAAGUUAUUGCCUCCUACGACCAACGCUUGCGGGCCACCUUGCCAACAAUCCAUUAUUUGCUCGAACAGGACUGCCGGGUCAUCCUGUGCUCUCAUCUUGGGCGCCCCGGUGGGAAAGUUGUCGAAGAAUUGCGGUUAGCGCCGGUUGGAGACCGUUUAGCGGAACUCCUCGGGCAUCCUGUUAGGAACUUGCUUGACUGCGUGGGACCCGAUGUAGCAGCACAAAUUGAGGAGUUGGGGCCAGGUCAAAUCGCGCUGCUUGAAAAUCUGAGAUUCCAUGCUGGUGAAGAGGCCAACGACCCUGAAUUUGCACAGAGUCUGGCCGCUCUGGCCGAAUGUUUCGUCAUGGAUGCUUUCGCGGUAACCCAUAGGGCGCAUGCGUCGACGGCGGGCAUCACAGACUAUCUGCCUUCCGCUAUGGGCCUCUUGGUUCAGCGCGAGGUGGAACAGAUGGGGAAAGCUCUGGAAUCUCCGGCCAGUCCCCUGGCGGCGCUGAUGGGCGGCGCCAAGGUUAGCGACAAGAUCCUCGUCCUGGAAAACCUGCUGGAUAAGCUGGACCAUCUUUUUAUUGGCGGAGGCAUGGCGGUUACCUUCCUCAGGGCCCGGGGCUACAAGACCGGGGCUUCUACUGUUGAAGAAGACCGCCUCGACUUUGCGAGGGACGUCAUGGAACGCGCGGCAGUAAGAAACAUUGGCUUUCACUUGCCCAACGACGUCGUAGUUGCCAGCGCUUUCGGGUCAGACCCCCCCGAAAGCCGCACCGUCCCGGUGGAUCAGGUGCCGGAUGACUGGUACAUUAUGGAUGUGGGAGCGGCAACCGCAGCCCAAUUUUCUGAAGCAUUGCAGGCCUGUCGCACCAUCAUUUGGAAUGGGCCAAUGGGCGUCUUCGAAAUGCCCCGUUUCAGUGAAGGUACUCGUACCGUAGCAAACGCCAUUGCCGGUCUCCAGGGAGUCACCACUGUAGUUGGCGGCGGUUCUACAGCGGAGGCCGUUGAGGAGCUUGGCCUGAUGGACGCCAUGACCCACGUUUCCACCGGCGGAGGCGCUUCCCUUGAAUUCCUUGAGGGUAGAGAGUUGCCUGGCAUAGCCGCACUGCCGGACGACUAG